UUUGUUUACUUCGGUUGGCUGUGUUCAAAAGUGGUGUUGUAUAAGUAGAUAUUUUGGUGCUAAGUCGCCUGUUUUGGCAUUUUGUGUACUAAAAAGUUUCGCGAACUUCUCGUCAUCGUUCGAUACAUGGCAUCGCUUAAGUAAAAAAAUCUACAUUUCGCCAUUGCCGAUAUAGAAAUGAAAAAAUAAAUUCAUCGGAUUACGAAGCUGGCUCCCCGCAACAAAAGACAAUACAGCGGAAAAUGUAUCUUUCGGGGAAAAUCUGUGUAACACAGUUUUUCAAAGCCAUCCAUUUUAGUGCACUAGAGGCUUUUGCAGAAAUGUAGAUACAUUUAACCAGAUUUGGAGUGCUUUCUAACCCAAAAAAAAAUCAUUGAGAAAAAAUAAUAUUGAAUUGGAGAGGCUAUGGUUCGGUGAAAAACUAUGGCCUUCAAAGUCCCACCCAGUUAGAAGGAUAUGUGCGUGUGUGUCAGCAAGUGUGUGUGUAUGCAUACAUCUGAAGACAUGUAUUGAUUAAGAGCUGAGGACUUUUUUCCCUUAACCAUGUGAACAAAAAAAUUAACAUAUAGUGUUGACGUGCCUCCAAUUAUAAAAUUAAAGUUAUGCCCGUGCUGACAUACAUACUUCCAUGCACCAGAACUAGCAUGACGCACAUAAAAGUACCUUUAUUCGUGCGUUCAGAUGUUCGUGUAGUAAGGCAAUUAAAAACAAGAGAUUUUGUUAACGAUGGAACUUUGUAAACCAAUCACAACUGCCAGAUAAAAUGAGGGCCAUCCUGAUUGCUCAAGCGAAUCCCAAAAAGGCGUUGACAGUAAUUAAGCAUAUUUGUUAGCAGCUGAUCAACUUAAAAACACGAAUAUGGAGCCAAAUCAUUAUUACUGCCGGAGCGCCUUGCAGCAGACUUCCUCGACUUCGAUGCCACAGCAUUCGUCGAACAAACUCAACUAUGCGUUGAACGCGGGGCAGGAAUAUGUGGCCUGUAGCUCCGGCCAAUCGCAGACGGGGUACAACUCCAAGGAUCUGGUGCCGCGCAACGGGAACAGUGGCAAGUCGCUCGGUGGCAAUGGCAAUGGCAAUUUGGGAAGUCCGUAUGGAGGAUCCGUCUGCAGCAACAGUGGCCAAUGCAGCAAAAAUACUGCCAACGCUGGGAACUAUAUCAACAUAAUGACUGUUCCAUUGGGAACAUUGCAGUAUAAUCGAAAAAAGCUAUCUACUCAAGACUACGAAUCGCAUUUAUAUUACAACACCACGGAUGUCAAGUGUCGCGAUGAUUACUAUAUAGCCAAUAAUGCCGCAGCAGCAGCAAUACCGCAACAGCAACACCUGCACCAGCAGCAACAUCAGCACCAACAGCAACAUCAACAACACCAACAGCAACAUCAACAACACCAGCACCAGCACCAACACCAACAGCAGUCGCAGCAGCAACAUCAGCAACACCAGCAGCAUCAGCAACACCAGCAACACCAGCAACACCAGCAACAUCAGCAACAUCUGCAGCAACAGGCCAACUUUCUCCACAUCCAGCAAUCGCUGCAGCAUAACCACCAGCUGAGCCACCCAGAACCAAUCCAUCAGAUGCCCCAAAUGCAGAGUUCGGUGGCCGAUCCACCAGAUGCUUUCGACAACUGUGCGAUCUUCCCGAGCGCCGGAGGCAGUGGAAGCGCAAGUGGAAGUGGACGCGUGGCAGCCACACAAACCCAUCAGAAUAACUCCAGUGUGGUCACGUGUGACCAGCAGCAGGUACCCGUCUCCUUGGGAUCCGUCAAUAUGCCCGUGCCCCCCAUUAUGUACACAGUGCACCGUGUGGUGACCACGGCCCAGAUCCAAACGGCAGUGGGCAGCACCUUCGCCUCCUCGGCCAGUGUGUCCAGUGUGGUCAGCACGGGUCAGAACGACCCUGGCGACUGCCUGUCGCCGGCACAGGUGUCUUCCGGGAAUGCCCCCUGCCUGGGCGGAAUAUCCGAUAUGGGCGCCAAUAUGAUGAACAACGCAAGUGCACUUUGUCCCCUUUCCGACCUGAGAAGCCCUUCCGGAGUGCUCACCAAUUCCUCAUUCAUGCCACAACACCACAAAUGCAACAAUGGCAACGAUGGCCAAACCAACAACCCUACAAUCCAAAAACGCAUAAUGGCGACCAGCUCAACUUCGAAUUUCGCAAAUGCUGGGAAAGCUGCAGCCAAUCUAACCCGUGCUCUCCAAAAUGUAAUCCCGACAUGCGUGUAUCUUAUGUCUCGGGUGGCAGUUCACAUGGAGAUCGAGGGAACGUCCCAGUGCCCAUCGCAGGUGAUGUUGGCAGCUGCUUUGGGCUGCGAGGAGCUGGGCAUAUCCAACAAAUUGCUGGCUCAGAGCGUUUUCGGAUUGUGGAUGACAAGUGCUUUACUGGAGAUGCAGCUGAAGGCCCAUCACUGCCCCUAUAUUGUGCGCGUUGCGUGGCCCAGUUUGCUGCAAAAGUUCAGCAACAGCAGUCCCAGCGAUCGGAAGUUUGAUGAACCCAUGAUAGUACUAAAGCGGAACGUUUUCUUCUCCAAAAGAGAUGAGGAAAAAAUUAAGGAUCAUCGAAUUUUAGAGCUGCUUUAUGAAGAGGCCAGAAACAAUGUGCUCACAGGCAGAUAUAUUAUGGAGCCAGUCCAUUCGCUCAUGCUGGGUGGCAUUCAAGCUAGAAUCGAACUGGGUCCAUAUAAUUCCCACACCCAUACAAUAGGUUUUUUUAGGGAAAAUCAAGCUCGGUUUUUGCCACCACAUGUUGCCAAGAGCUCAACUUGGUUAUGGUUACCAAUAAGUCAAAAGAAUUCUGCGGAGGUCAAGCUGUUGGAACAGUUUAAAAGGGUUCCGCAGACAGCUACCACCCGGAAAUUGAUGCGAAAAUAUCUAGAAUUUUGCUGGGCCUUACCUUUCUAUGGUGCCGCAUAUUUCCAUGGACAAAUAGAGCAACCUGUUAGGGGAAUUAUGGCCUUGGUCAACCAAAAGGAUAUGGAGGUUUUAGUUGCAGUUAAUGAGAAAGGAGUUUUUAUAAUAGAUCCAUAUGAAUGCACUCUCCUGCUGGGCUUGCGAUACGAGGAUUUGUCUUGGGAUUAUGCAAAGCCAAGUGCAAGUGAUGAUCCCGAAUGCCUCACUUGUAUAUUUCUACAGUUCGAUGCUGUCGAGAAUGGAAUACAAGUUUCAAAACUUAUGCAAAUAUUUUCAAAGCAAGCUGCCAUGAUAGACGCACUUAUAUCACAUUUUACGGAUCAAAUAAGAAACAAAAAGCAAGAGGGUAACACUCAAGAACCUUUUCACGAUGAGCCAAAUCCUAUUCAAAAUAAUGGAAAUGGAGUGUUAUGCAAUAAGCUGUCUCGAUUGACUUUGGCCACUUUCGACGAAGAGGGAGGUCGUUGUAUUGGGCAAAUGGGAUCAUUAUCUAUAAGCUAUUAAGAUCUGUUACUAACGAUAAAAUAAAUUUAAGUUAAGGGGUGUUAAAUAAAAGUUCACGCAUGUAUUCACGAUUGUUGAUCAAUUCCCAUAAAUAUACUCACAAAUAAAUUUUUAGCAAACGGAAUCUACAUAUUCACAGUCAUUCCAUUAAAUGUAAAAGUUUUCUAAUUUCACUUAAACGCAAAUUCAGUGAUCAAUUCCACAAAUUUUAAUGAGUUAAGUUAUAGAUUUACACUUAUUAAUUGAUUUUUUGUUGAAUGCACUUAAUUGACUACCGAAGAAUUAAUUAAUUAAUGCAACCAUUUAAAAUUAAAUUUCUUUUUCAAUACCAUGCACUUGUUUUUGGCUGUUUGCUUUCAAAAAAUGCAUACCUCGAGUAAUUGUUAGUUUCUAUUUCAAAAACUGGCUCGGAUUCAACUGUUUACAAUUAAUGCAAGUUAUUACCAAAAAAUGCCCCCGAAUAGUUAUCUCUUUUUAUUUAACUUUAAUAUAAGGCAUGUAGUAUAUAUUAAGAUAUAUAAAAUAUCGAUAUGUGCAUUUGACGUAUGCGUUCAGAAUUAGUUUAAUAAGCCUUCGACUGAAACAAAUUAUGUAUAUAAUAAAAAUAAAAUGUAUGUACAAAAGUAAGGGCUAACUGCCAACAUAGGUUAUGUAUAUAUUUAAAUUUGUAUGUAUGUAUAAAUUGAGACUUAAAAUAAAUACCGUUUCCUCAUAUUUAUACAGAAAGUACUUAUAAAAUUACAGAAAUUUGAUUUUCAAUUUUAAAAUUGCACAAAAUGUUGUUUUUAAAUUUUGUUGUUUAUUUUAGAAACACAAUGUUUUAAAGCAUUAGUUUAUUAAAUCCACCAAGCCUUACUAAUCAAUAGAUUGCAUUUUAACCCGCUUGCAAAACUUCUGUAACCUUUGAUUUGUUGAGUAGGUCCCUUUUUGUUAACUUACAAUUAACACAUUUUAAAAUAAUUUUUGGUGACAAUUAAAAAUGAAAUAAAAAUGGUUUAAUAAUAUAUAAUGAUAUAGUUAUAAUAUGCAGCAACACAGAAAUUAAUCAAUACAUGUAGGUGUAAUCUAAUAAAUUAUAGUUAAUAGAAAAUUUAUUUAAAUAUGUGUAAAUCAAACAAAAAUACUAAAGGCUACCUACUUUCUAA